UGGUUGCUAGGUGAUAUGACGUUGACGGAAUUGUGCUCAGUUUCGGUGGCCAGACCCUCUCGAACAGUUGGAAAUCCCAGAUGCUGGCCAGUUGUGCCGAUUUACUCUCGCACUGUGUUACGGCUGGCACAGAAGUGUCCGUCAGAACUCCAAAGUAGUAACAGUGCUCUUCGAACGCAUGCCACCCAUCAUCGCAUCCAUCUAUACUUAGGCCUGGUGUGGAAACAAAAACACAGCUUUACUCUACACAGGGACAAAAUUAAAGGUUUCACUUGCAAUCCAAAAAUGCAGAACGAAGCUGGUGAAUUUGUUGAUAUGUACAUCCCUCGGAAAUGCUCAGCAAGCAACCGUAUCAUUGCAGCUAAGGACCACGCUUCAAUUCAGAUCAAUCUUGCUAAUGUUGAUGAAUCGACUGGCAGAAUGACGGGCAGUAACACAACCUACGCCAUUUGUGGAGCCAUCAGGAGAAUGGGAGAGUCUGAUGAUUGCAUUAACAGACUGGCGAAGCGUGAUAAUAUUCUUCCGAAAAACUUCUGAACACUGCUUUGACAACUCAAAAAGAAGAAAAAACAUUCUGACAGUCUGGUGUAAUAAAGUUGUCUGAGAUUUU